UCAAUACUAAGGGUCAGCGACGGCCUUCCAGCUCACUCUUAUUGCGUAUGCAACAACCGCAACCCUUGUCAUUGGGAAUGCGACAGUCCCUAUCUCCAGGAAGGUGGUCAGUGUGUCCGCCGCCGAAGACCGAAUGCAAUGGCCAACGUGGAGUAUUUUCCCGCUGUUGUGGUUCUGCCGCUCCUCGUUCGCGCAAACGACGUCAAGCGUAGAUUACCGCCCUGACGGAAGUUCAAGCCAAAUGCCCGAACUGGGCAAUCCGUUUGUGGUGUUCCUAAUCCAAAGGGUGAAUAUGAUUACAAAUGUUUGGAUACCUCCGUCGCUUUCGAAAGCUGUGGCGGAUGUACCGUUCCUCAUCCAUUGGUUCAGCCCAAUCCUCCUAUGGUAUCGAUUGCAGUAUACUUCCAAGCCUAGUGACAGGCUCCUGCCAGGCAGGAUGGUGUGUUACCCAUAAGUACCGAUCGGGAUACCAGCCUGGCAAAGACC